UGGGGGUUUCCAUCUAGCGUGCAUUGCGCAGCAAGAGUACCUACAAACAACAGCGAUCCGGACCAGGACAGAACCGGGCUCGGAUCGGAGCUGGAAUAAAACCACAGGGUUUUUAUGAGCUGAGAUUCUUGGUUGGAGUGAUGAAUCGACGGCUUGCACAUAUUUUGGGGUUUUCUGUUUCUACAAAUGAGUCGGACCCCCGGACACGGCGUCCCUCCGGACUCAGUGUUAGAGCUUCCUGCGGCCAUUCGAUCGACUCUCUGCGGCUGAAGCGGUUGGUCAUUGCGCUGCUGGGCACGGGGGUUCAGGAUUUCUCCUGUCCGCAAUGUUUCCAGACCUGGUCCUGGCAGGAAGUGAAUCGACUCGCUGCCUUCACAGAACAGGAACGCAAAUCCUGCGAGGAGAUGAUCUCCAGACUGAACUCCCCAGACCCCCUCCAGACACACAGAAAGUGUCCAUGCUGCAGCCUCCUGCUCCCCAGACCGGGCUCCGGUAUCCGGGGCGUUCCCUGCAAGGCUUGCUCCGUCGCCAAGCGGAAGGUUUUCCGGUUCUGCUGGGACUGCCAGCAGGAAUGGAGAGCUCCUUCUUCCGGGGAACUCGACGACUGUGGGAAUGAGGAUUGUGCCACCCGAGCCUGCCUGCUCUCCUGCCCUGCCAUCAAACUCCCAGGCUCUAAGCUGGACGGCUGCCCCUGCUUCAGGGCGUGCCCACGAUGCCACACCCUCAUCUCGCACACCCUGCGCGGCUGCAGCCAGGUCCAGUGCCCGCAGUGUGCCCACGCGUUCUGCUAUCGGUGUCUGAGAGGGAUACAGGAGGGGUGCUUGCUACCCCAGCUUCAGCCUCUGGGGGGCAGUGUGGGCAACCCCGAUAUCGGUAUUCUGAUGAUGGGUUAUAGGGGCUAUAACAGGUGUGUCAUUGCUGAGAGGCAGGGUGUCACCGAGGCUAAUCAAGUGCAUAUGUGAAAAAUACUCCACACUGCAGAGCUCUAUAGAGGUCUAUAGCAAAGAGAGCUCCACUCUCAACACUGCAGAGCUGUAUAGAGGUCUAUAGGAAAGAGAGCUCCCCUCUCAACACUGCAGAGCUGUAUAGAGGUCUAUAGGAAAGAGAGCUCCCCUCUCAACACUGCAGAGCUGUAUAGAGGUCUAUAGGAAAGAGAGCUCCCCUCUCAACACUGCAGAGCUCUAUAGAGGUCUAUAGGAAAGAGAGCUCCCCUCAACACUGUAGAGCUGUAUAGAGGUCUAUAGGAAAGAGAGCUCCCCUCUCAACACUGUAGAGCUGUAUAGAGGUCUAUAGCAAAGAGAGCUCCACUCUCAACACUGCAGAGCUGUAUAGAGGUCUAUAGGAAAGAGAGCUCCCCUCUCAACACUGCAGAGCUGUAUAGAGGUCUAUAGGAAAGAGAGCUCCCCUCUCAACACUGCAGAGCUGUAUAGAGGUCUAUAGUAAAUACAUCCAAUAUAAUAAUCAUCAUUUCUAUUUGUGUAUACUAGGCAGAAGAGCUUGAAUUAUUAUGUAGCCAUGCACGCAAGUAAAACUAUCUUACCAUCUUCUCAAAAGUUGUGUUCCAUGCUUCUGGCUAUUGAACUUAACAUUGUAUCUGAUUGUAAGGGAUGGAUGGAUAUUCUGAUUAAAUAAAUGAAGACAUAUUUCAGAA